UUGAUCAAAGAUUGCAGAAGUCGAUAUCUUUUCGAUCAAAUGCAAUCUUUGCGAAUUUUUUUACUUUAGUAGAAAAUCGGCCGGCAGUGAGAGCGUACACUGAUAUGUAACUACUUGAAAUUAUAGCAUACAAUUAAUACGAAAUUGUUAAUCGGUAAAAAACGUUUCAUACUUCGCUUACAUUCACACAAAAAAAAGGAAAAAAAAAAAUGGGUCGGUCCAGCUCUAAGUUGUUGGAAACCCCCAAUAAUCCCUUGCAAGAGCUUCAAUUGGAGGAGCACAAGCGAGAACAACGUAAGCGCAAGCAGGAGAAACAACAAAAACAAAUCGCUAAAUUACAAAAGAAGCAAGCGAAAAAGAAGUGUAAAGGAAAAUCAAAUAAAGGAUCAAAGGACGCCGAAAAGCGGGCUUCAAUUAAGGCGAAACGUACUAGUGGCGCGGCGCAGCGUACGAAUAGCCUGAAUUCGCAAAGCACCAGCUACGAAAUAAAUAAAGAAGAAUUUAAUCGACAAAUUGAGCAGCAAAUCCAAAAUCAUCUAGACAGUGAUCUCUGUACAUUCGUGAUGAACCAAGUGUCGCUAACGCUGCAGUUUUUUGGAAAUUAUGAAAUUGAAAUGACAAACAUUUCGGAGGAGUUGUUAGCCAAAGAGAAUGAAUUGAAUCAAAAUCUAGAGGAACACUCUAUACUUUUAUCUACGCCUCUAGAUGCUGCCGUCGCAAAGUGGAUACAACACAAGCCAAUUCACGGCCCCGAGAAACACAAUCCUCAACCCCUUCAGCCCUUGGCGAUGUAUGUGAUUUUCGAAAAUAUCGACAUAGCGCGUCCGAACGAUGCGAAUUACGAUUCAAUAUCACCGCUUUGCAAAGUUGAUUUAGAUACAGAUUUCUAUAAUACCACACCGUGCAAUGAGGAUCUUGUGGAAAUGUUACGCGAAACGAAGUGGAAAGGUUACGUACGUCUGAAAUUACGUGAAGAUCCACAGACACAACGUAUGGCUGGCGCCGAUGCUGAGGUCUAUACGGACGUGAGUUCAGGGUACAGCUCGACGAGUACUUAUAGCCUAAAAUCACCGAGUACGACGAGCAGCUACCGCGCAGAACCUGAAUACGAUUAUGCAUUUAUAGCACACUUGAAUACGCAUCAUCCCCUGUCCGAGUUGAAAAUACAAAGUCUACGUGGCCACUAUCAGUUGGAUGCCAAAGUAUUGCCCGAUACGUGCGUGUCGACUUUGGCGCAGUUCGUUCAACCCUGCCACGAAGAGGACACCGAUGAUGAGGAAGAUGACAGCGAUACAGAUCGAGAAAGCGAUUCGAAUGAUUCCAUUGAUGAGGGCUACAAUGGUGUGCAGCAGCGGGCAAAUACGAAAAAACGCUACCGGGAUUACGAGACUGUACAGGCCAUACGUUUGUACAAAUUGGAGCAGGAGCGCCGAAAGUUACUGCUACAGCAAGCAUUUCUCAAUUCCAAAGAGUUCAUGCGUUAUUUUGGUGAGUUAGUGCGCCAACAGCUUGCCGAUCGCUUGCAUAUCUCGCCCGAGGAGUUGGAGGAGGGCACAUAUCGCGGCUCAUCUAUCUACACUAAAUACUAUGAACUAAUACCUGCCAUUUAUGUGGCGCAUAACGCGCAACACUGGCCCGACUGUGCAUUUCAAUUUCGAAUACGUGAGCGCCCCAUCUCUACGAAUCCACUCACUGGCCAGAAAUUCCAAUGGCCUACACGUUCGAUGAUCAGACGUAUAGAAACUUUUGGAUUUCAUGUAAUACCAGUCGGUUAUGCGCCCAAACGGCAGCGUAAUCCUUUUCGUGAGCUCGAAUGGCGUAUUGUUUUUCCAAAAGCCGAGCGCUAUUUGGAGCAACAUCUAACCAAUACACAAGUCAAGGUCUUCAUGAUGACCAAAGCGUUGGUAAAAACAUUUGUCGAACCACAAGAGAAACAUAAGGCGCUCAUGUUCACCAUAGAUCAUUUGCGCAUGCAUCUCUUUUGGGAAUGUGAACGCAAUUUUACUGGUUGGCCAGAGGAAUGCCUUGGGGAGGUGCUAAUGCGUUUCAUUGGCACUUUUAUGCAGCGACUGCGUGAGAAAUGUCUGAAAGAUUUCUUCAUUGAAGAGCGCAAUCUUUUCGAGAGUAUACCAGAAUAUUCACUAGUUACGUUAUUUUCGAUAUUCUCAGACAUUACUGCCAAUCCGUUGAUGCACCUUAUGGUAGCCUUAAGAAAUAUAGAGUUUGCUGAAAAUUUCUUUCCGAAGUUAAAUUAUAAAAAGGUUUUCGGAAAUCUAUCCGAAAAUAAUAUGUUGAAGUUAAAAAUGCAGGCUAAAAACUCGCGUAGCCUAUUGGGACUAGAGACAGUUGACGAUGAACCGCUGCUGAUGAAAGAUGAGGGUGCCCGAGGUUUGGUCGGCAUGAAACAACAUGUAAAGACGAAUGGUAAAUUGAGGCGGAAAACACAUCUGAUGAGACACAACAUUGAAAUGAAAAAGAAGCAAGAUUAUGAGCGGCGGCGCUUAUCUGAGGAGUCUAUUGACGUUGAGUUCUUUUUCCACCGCAAUCUGAAAGCAUCUCUGCCGAAGCAACUCAAUCAAGGUGUUGAAAAUUUAAGGCGCACUAACAUAUUCGAAAUCAUUAUCGAUCAUCUAAUAGCUAUGACUGAAAAAGCGCUGGACUUCCGUGUAUUAUACUUGGCUAAAACGUUCUUGGCACAAGCUAGAAGACUUUGCAAAUUCUACAACAACUACGGGUGUGACAUGGGUGCAAAAGAAUAUCUCAGCACAAUCGAAAGCAUAGAAGAGGAGAUCGGGGCUUUGCAUAUGAACGAAGAUUUUACACACCUACCGCCGGCAUUGCCCAUUCGUACCAGCGUAGAGGCUGGCAAGAGUAAGAUGACCAAAGAAUUAUUCGAACACUUGGAGUGUGUACGCAGAACAAUCAGAGCGGAUAUUGAAACAAAUAAUUGUGAAAAGGAAAAGCCAAAAACUGUUAAUAAAAUUAGAAGUAAUAAUAAUUUAGUAGAGGCAGGCACAGAUCAGAUAUAUAAUGAUGGUCUGCAGUUUAUGCGCAGUGUAACACCGCCUUUAGGGGCCACCAGAUCUAUUAAAUUCACCGAACAUGUUGUGGAGGUACAGGAAGGUGAUACAAAUCCUAUACAAAAGCCAGAAGGUCAAAAUUUAGUUGGCAUUUUACGCUUCAAUCCCGAAGUAAUAGAAAUAUCUGAUGCUGUAAAUGUUGCCGAGCAAAACCAAAUGAGUGAGUCAUACGAGGAGUAUGAGUCGGUUCAACGUUAUCAUUUCCACGACAACACAAAUACCAGUAAUACGGAAAGUGAUAUAGUAAACGAAAACUGCGAUAGCGCGCAAGCGGAUAUUGCAAAGGAAGCAGAGAGUCAAGGCGCCGACGUUGCUACAACGCCAGGCGAAGAUGCAAAAUUCGAUCGAUUUGGGCCGGGCAUGCUGCGAAACUUGCCACUCGGCAAUUCGCAAGUGAUAAAAAUUCUUACAUCAUCAACAGAGAAACUAUUCGCGACUAUGUCAUCGGAAGAAAGACGCUUGCAGAUAAGGGAAAUUAUCAAGCGGAAAACAUUUCAACUAAAAGGCGCAUUCAAUCAGUGCUCGGAAUCAUGACAUUCGGAGAAAUUUUGAAAUACAUAAGUUUAAUAUAAAACAUGUGUAUGGAUUGGUUGAAGUUAGUUGCUACUAGUAAUUAUUCUAAUAGGUGGGUAAAUGUGCGACCGCCAUAGCCAGGCGGGAUUGUGCGUAACUAUAAUUCACUUGAUGCUGAAUUCGAUGCCGCAUCAAUUGAUAAAAGAGGUUUUUCCAAGAGCGGCCGAAUCUCUGCAAUCAAUUCAUUGCUGCCUUGAGCACCCAUCUGCUGUUCGGAGACGAUGUGAAACUGUAGGCUACUCUAUUUGUAUGUUAAUAUCCCAAGAGGAACGGCUCAAAUGGAAGAAGAAACUUGGUCAAACUACUAAGAAAGUAAUUUACAAAUAUCUUAAUGAUGUAUAAAUAAGCAAAUAUGUUUUCUUUACGUCCCUUUUACAGCUAAACUAUAUUCCUAAGGUAGAAAUAUAAAAUGAAAAAUGAUCAGAUUUCAAAUUAGUUUAGUAAAGGGUGGUUAAGUUUCAAGGGCUGGUGUUGAUUUUGAAUAAAAUACCAUUUUUUCAGGAAAUUAAUAUCAUUUCUCUUUAUUAUGAUAAUAUUGGUAUGGCUAAUUACGUGUAGAAUAAAAUAUCGGCCAAAUGGGCGCCAUGGCCUCGGCGGCACAGCUCCAUCCGAUGGUCCAAACUUUCGAUGACGCUGAGGCAUAAUUGAGGUUCUAUGCCGUUAAUGUGCCGAAUUAUCUCAUCCUUUAGCUCUUGAAUUGUUGCUGGCUUAUCGACGUACAUCUUUUCUUUCAAAUAACCCCAAAGAAAGAAGUUCAGUGGUGUUGUUGACGUUUAGGUGUAGUUCACAUUCAACAUAGGCCCUUGAAAUUUAACCAUCCUUUA